UGCGACGACGUGUGUCGGCGAGAAGCCGAAGAACUUGUUUCAGAGUUAUUUUUACUUUUAAAUCAAAAAGGCGCAAGCAGGGUGUUAUGUGGACUGCUGAUGAAAUCGCUAGCUUGUGCUACGAACACUACGUCUGCAAACUGCCCAAGACAGGGAUGCCUGAAGCUGGGAGGGAGUGGACUCUGUUAGCUGCAGUAGUGAAGAUUCAGGACAGUGUAGACGGCACUUCUAGUCAAGAGUCAAAGGAAAUUGUUUCUUUAGGCACUGGAACAAAAUGCAUCGGUCAACUUAAAAUGAGCCAGAAAGGGGAUGUACUUAAUGACAGCCAUGCCGAGGUAAUUGCCAGACGUGGAUUUCUCAGGUACCUGUACCAUCAGCUGAAGCUAGCAGUUGCAACAGAUGACCGCAGUAUAUUUUUUCCAGGAGAAAAGAGUGGAAAAUGGAGGCUGAAGCCUGGAAUUACUUUUGUGUUCUUUACAAGUCACACACCAUGUGGAGAUGCCUCUAUAAUCCCUAUGCUUGACUCGGACGAUCAGCCAUGUCAUCUGACCAUAGCAAAUGAGGAUGUAACCAAAGCUGUUCAUGAAUUUGUAGAUUCUGCUACAAAAAGGAAAGUGGAUGAAAGUGCAGUUUGCUCUUUGUCUAAAAAGAUUAAAAGUGAUUCAGUGUCUUGUCUCUCUAAAAUCUCUUUUGAGGCAGAAGGAAAGGAAAAUUCAUCUAAUGUGCAAAGUCCUGACCCAUUUUUCACGAAUGAGGAAAAUUUUAAGAUUAGUCCCUCAUCUCAGGACAUUCACAGGACUGGAGCAAAAUGUGUUCCAGGGGGACAACAAGAUGCAAAGGAGCCAGGGUGUAAAUUUCAUUGUGUGGGCCAGUUGAGAGUCAAGCCAGGACGGGGAGAUCAAACUUUAUCUAUGUCUUGCAGUGAUAAACUGGCCCGUUGGAAUGUUCUUGGUUGUCAAGGCGCACUGCUUAUGCACUUUCUUCAGGACCCAAUCUAUUAUUCGUCAGUAAUUACAGGACAUUGCCCAUAUAGUCAUGAAGCCAUGAAGAGAGCAUUGAUUGACAGAUGUUCUUGCCUUAGAUCUUUACCACAAGGAUUUAGUGUAGGCAACACAUUGAUGCAGCAGUCAUGCCUGGAAUUUGUGCAUAGCCAGCAUUUAGUUCAUAAGAACUGGGACUCCUCAAAGGGGAAAAUCACACCCUGUGGUUCAGCUAUCAGUUGGUGUGCCAUUCCAUCUCAACAAUUAGAUGUAACAGCAAAUGGUUAUAAACUGGGAAUAACAAAGAAAGCAGUGGGGACCCCACAGGCUAGGUCAAAGAUAUGUAAAGCUGAACUGUUUGUUUGCUUUAAAGAACUUCUCAGAACUGUUCCUAUUAAGUUCCUCCCGGAUUCUCUCAGGGAAAAAGAAUUAAAAACAUACUGGGACUAUAAGAGAGCCUCAGAGGAGUAUCAGCACGCUUGGAGCGAACUAAAAAAGCAAGCCUUUGGAACAUGGAUUUCAAGCCCAAGGGAAUUAUUGCUGUUCAAUUAGUGGUAUUGUGUAGAUAUACUGUAUACUCAUAAAAGCAAAACAACAUACAGGGAAUCUCAAUCACUGCAAAAUACAGACGUUUUAUUAAAUAUAUUUUUUGAAAAUACAUAUUCCUUUAUUACUGUAGUUAUUGUUUUUGUGGAAUUUUCACAUUCACUCUGUGUCCUUGCUUUAUGUAGCCACAAUUCAACGUCAAGCAUGUUAUGUAGUUUGGGUAAGUAAAUUAAGUGAUGCAUUAUCACUUUCAAAAACACAUGUCUAUACUUAUAUUAUAUAAGUUAUUUAAGUUAUAUAUUAACUUUCUUUUUUAUCAGCCAAUUAAUUCUUCAAUAGAAAUGUGUCAAAAAAUGCUGCUGAAGCACAUUUAUACAAAUGACAAUACACCUGCAUAAUGUCUCACUCCGACUAUAGCUGCCAAGUCAGAAGUUUUAUUCUUUUUAGUCAUUCUGAUGUAUAUUUAUUUGAGUGAGGUUUGUUGUUUGUCAUAAUAUAAUACUAGUAUUUAUUUAUCAAGCCUCUGUAUAAAGCCAAAUUUCACCCUGGAGACAAAUAAAGAUAUCCAUCCAUCCAUUCCUA